GGAGCUGAUGCUCUCUCUGCCUGCUGGAGCCCUUGUAGCACGGAGCUAACUGAGGAGCAGAGAGGAGGUUUUACAUUCAGAUAUCAAGUACAACAGACUGUGCAGUGUAGCAUCCAUGGAGGACAUCGACCAUGACCCCUCCUCUUCAUCAGAUGAGCAGGACUCCUGCCCAUCCUCUCCUAAUCAGAUAAGACACCUCGGUGCUGCGCAGCAUUUGAGCCAUUCAGACGACUCUGAUGUGGAGAACAUAAUGCAUGAUGCUCCACAUUAUGAAGGGCAAAGCCAAACCCACCAGCAGGACCUCGAAGUCCACCUUGCAGACGGAGAGUUUGUUGGCCGAGACCGGCCCCUCACCCCGUCUCAUUUGGAGCCCCCAUCAGCAGGUCCAGCCCUGUCAGACGCAGGUUCAUCUUCUGGCUUGUCGCAGAGUAAAAGUGUGGAGUUUGAUUUGCCCCCUCCCAUCAGUCCUUCCAGACCCAGGAGCCCCUGGGCUUUGUUUGAUCCAUACAGCAAUAAUAAGGAUCCAGACAAGGAAUAUGUGGGCUUUGCAACGUUACCAAACCAGGUGCACCGCAAAUCAGUCAAAAAAGGGUUUGACUUCACCCUCAUGGUGGCUGGUGAGUCCGGCCUGGGAAAGUCCACUCUGGUCAACAGCCUGUUUCUCACAGAUUUGUACAAAGAUAGGAAGCUGCUUAAUGCGGAAGAGAGGAUCACGCAAACAGUUGAAAUCACCAAACACACCGUGGAUAUAGAAGAGAAAGGCGUGAAGCUUAAGCUCACCAUCGUGGACACGCCUGGAUUUGGUGAUGCUGUAAACAACACUGAAUGCUGGAAGUCGGUGGCAGACUACAUCGACCAGCAGUUCGAGCAGUACUUCAGGGACGAGAGCGGCCUCAACCGCAAGAACAUCCAGGACAACCGUGUGCACUGCUGCCUGUAUUUCAUCUCACCCUUCGGUCACGGUCUCCGACCUCUGGAUGUUGAAUUCAUGAAAGCUCUGCAUGAGAAGGUCAACAUUGUGCCCAUUCUGGCUAAAGCUGAUACGCUCACCCCGAGUGAGGUGAAGAAAAAGAAAAUUAAGAUCAGAGAGGAGAUUGAACAGUAUGGCAUCAAGAUCUAUCAGUUCCCCGACUGUGACUCUGAUGAAGAUGAAGAGUUUAAGCAGCAAGACCUGGAGCUGAAGGAGAGCAUUCCCUUUGCAGUGAUUGGCAGCAACACGGUGGUGGAGGCCAAAGGGAAGAGGGUGAGGGGCCGCCUCUACCCCUGGGGCAUCGUAGAAGUGGAAAACUCUGCUCACUGUGACUUCAUUAAGCUGAGGAACAUGCUUGUACGCACACACAUGCAAGACCUAAAGGAUGUGACCCGAGAGACUCACUAUGAGAACUACAGAGCACAUUGCAUCCAGAGCAUGACCCGCAUGGUCGUCAAGGAACGAAACCGCAAUAAGCUAACCAGGGAGAGCGGCACAGACUUCCCCAUCCCCAUGGUCCCCGGAGGCACGGAGAGCGAGACGGAAAAGCUCAUACGAGAGAAAGACGAGGAGCUGCGGCGGAUGCAGGAGAUGCUGCAGAGGUACCAGGAUCAUUUGAUCACCCAGUAGGACGGCUGUUAACAAAGAACUCUGCACAUUAAAAAAAAAACGGAGAGAGA